AUAAUAAAAAAGAAAGUUUCUUUAUUGUUGAUGUAUUUGUUGAAGUUGGGACGUGAGAAAAAGAAAAAAAAAAAAAUGUUGGGAUGUGAGGACAAAGUUAAUAGCAUCAGUUUGUGUGGUUCUUAUUCUUCGUUUGCUCCGGCUAAACUCUAAACUCUCUCUCUCUCUCUAACUCUGCUUCUGCUUCUGCUUCUGCUUCUGCUUCCUGUUGCCGUUUCUCUCUCACACACAGCUUUAUUUUAUUUACAAAGCGGUGUCUCUAAAUUGUGUGAAACAGAUGUUCUCCCAAUAAUAUCAUCCUUUUCUUCUUCUUGUGUUUCUAGUGAAUUGGCUUCAUGAGUUGGUUUUUUGCAGUGUAACUGCAUAUGAAUCUAUGAUCAAGAGGAGGGAGCAACUCCACAUACAGUAGUCACAGUCUGAAGAAGCAGUUGUUUAAAAAAAAAAAAUGGGUUUUUUAUUUCUGAAACCACGAACGCUGUCCUGAUUUCAGAAUGGAUGAGAAGAUUUUCAAAGCACCGUUUACCAAUUUCUUAAGAUUACGUGUAUACCCUAGCAUUAACGUGAGUAUACUAAUUGGCGGAUAGUUUCAUAUAUAUAUAUACAUAUAUAUACCGCUUGUAUGGAGGGCUCAUCUGAGUCUGAUUGGCGGAGGUCUGAAAGUUGGAGAGGGUUAAGUUCGUCUAUAUUGGACAGAAAUCGCCGAAUUCCACGAGCAAACAACACCGUCAGGUUUUCAGGUGACAGCGCAUCUCACGAUUCUGGCUACUUGUCUGUGAGGAAAGGUACAGAGAAUCCUUGGCCCCAUAAUUUUAAAGCUCAGGCCACAAGCCCUGAGGAUGGGCCCGCCUCUGGUGGCCCGCCCAUGGCCCGGCCUGUUGAGUGCAAUGAUGUGAGUUUGAGGCAGUGGUUAGAUAAUCCCAAAAGGGCAGUCGACUCCCUCGAGUGCAUUCAUAUCUUUACGCAAAUUGUUGAUAUUGUGAAACUUGCUCAUUCUGAGACUAUUGUGGUUCACAAUGUUAGGCCUUCCUGUUUUGUCAUGUCCUCGCUUAACCGGGUUUCUUUUAUUGAGUCAGCUUCUUGUUCGGAUACUGGUUCAGAUUCUCAAGAACACGAGCAUGACUCUGUAACUCAGUUGGGGGCGUUAGAAGAUUCUCAGCUGGCGGGCUUUAAUUCUGAUAACAGUUGCUUGCAAUCUUGUUCGGGCCGGCCCGCGCAUGCUUUGGAAGCAAGUGGGAGUGAACGGAUAGGAAAUAAUAAUAUGAAGCACUCUUUCCCAAUGAAACAAAUUUUGGUUAUGGAGUCCAAUUGGUACACUACACCUGAAGAGUUAUCUGGUGGUGUUGCUACUUGUGCUUCUGAUGUUUAUCAACUUGGUGUUUUACUCUUUGAGUUGUUUUGCACUUUUAGCUCCCUGGAGGAGAAAAGCUCAACUAUGGCAAACCUGAAACAUCGUGUUCUCCCCCCGCAUUUGCUUCUCAAGUGGCCUAAAGAAGCUUCUUUUUGCUUGUGGUUGCUGCAUCCUGACCCAAGUAGUCGGCCCAAAGUGGGUGAGCUGCUGCAGAGUGAGUUCUUGAACGAGCCAAGGAAUGAUCUUGAGGAAAGGGAAGCCGCCAUUGAGCUUGGUGAAAAGGUAGAGGAGCUGGAUUUACUACUCGAAUUCCUCCUCACACUUCAGCAGAAAAAACAGGAUGCAGUUGACAGCUUGCAUGAGACCAUAUCGUGUAUAUCCUCCGAUAUAGAAGAAGCAACAAAGCUCCAGACAGCCCUCAGGGGCAAAGGCAUUUCGCAAUUGGACUUGGCCAAUAACUCAUCUCAAAAUCCCCAUUUGACGAGCAUCACUGACAAAAGUAACCCUGUCUUCUCGGUCUCGAGAAAGCGAACCAGGCCAGAUCAUGAUGUUUUCAAUGGCCCAGAUGAGUUCCCGGACGAACCUGAAGAUGGACAUUACCCAGAAAGCAAUCUCUCCCAGGAUUCCCGUCUGAUGAAAAAUUUCCGGAAAGUAGAAUCAGCUUAUUUUUUGAUGAGACGUCGGGCCGUAAAGCCCGCGGGCUGGCCCAUAGGAAGAGUCUGUAGUGAUGGAAAAGGGUUUAUGACAGAAAGAAGCUCAACCAGCAAUUUAUUCUCGAAAGAGUUGACUAAUGAGGACAAGCCAGGUGGGUGGAUCAACUCGUUUCUUGAGGGACUUUGCAAGUAUCUGGCUUUCAGUAAGCUAAAAGUGAAGGCGGAUUUGAAGCAAGGGGAUCUGCUGAACUCUUCAAACCUGGUUUGCUCCCUUAGUUUCGACCGUGAUGGGGAGUUUUUCGCGACUGCAGGUGUGAACAAGAAAAUCAAGGUGUUUGAGUAUAGUUCUAUAGUGAAUGAGCACCGGGACAUCCAUUAUCCUGUUGUUGAGAUGGCUGGUAGGUCGAAGCUUAGCAGCAUAUGCUGGAAUGGAUACAUUAAAAGCCAGAUUGCAUCAAGUAAUUUUGAAGGCGUGGUGCAGGUAUGGGACGUUACAAGAAGUCAAGCUUUCAUGGAGAUGAGAGAACAUGAACGUCGGGUGUGGUCUGUUGACUUUUCGGUGGCGGACCCCACUCUGCUGGCCAGCGGCAGCGAUGAUGGUUCCGUCAAGCUAUGGAAUAUCAAUCAGGCAAUUCUAUUUUUUGCACUUGGUGAAUGUCAAACUUUGAAACACUAAACGUACUAAUAAAAAAGCAAUGUUAAACGGUGCAUGGUGUAAUGAAAUUGUGAGUACAUAAUAUUUUUUUCUUCGUUUUUUCUUGCAUGGGACGGUAAAUCCAGGGAGUGAGUGUGGGCACAAUUAGGACAAAGGCCAAUGUGUGCUGUGUUCAGUUCCCCACUGAUUCGGGUCGAACCUUAGCCUUUGGUUCGGCUGAUCAUAGGAUAUAUUACUACGAUCUUCGCAACUCAAAAGUUCCCCUGUGUACUCUUGUGGGGCAUAAUAAGACUGUGAGCUAUGUGAAGUUUAUUGACUCGACAACUCUUGUGUCUGCUUCGACUGAUAACACGAUAAAGCUAUGGGAUCUGUCUAUAUGUACAUCAAGAGUUCUUGAUUGUCCUGUUCAGACGUACACGGGCCAUCUCAAUUUGAAGAAUUUUGUUGGCCUGUCUGUAUCUGAAGGCUAUAUUGCAACUGGCUCGGAGACAAAUGAGGUUUUUGUCUAUCACAAAGCUCUCCCAAUGCCGGCAGUGUCUUUUAAAUUCAAUAGCACCGAUCCAUUUUCUGGUGAUGAAGUGGACGACACCUCACAGUUCAUCUCGUCUGUUUGUUGGCGUGGUCAAUCAACCACCUUAGUGGCUGCAAAUUCCAUGGGAAAUGUUAAGCUUCUAGAGAUGGCUUAAUUUCGGUAAAAAGGAAUUUCGUGAUCCAAUUCCUAUUUCCAAAGGCACGAUACUUGGCAGAUUAAACAUAGACAAGCAGCUGAGUUUGCAAAUUCUGUGGAGUAAUAUACUUCAAGUUGGGAAAUUGAUGCCGGUAAAACAAAAUUUUGCGCUAGCUCUUAGUGAAUGAAAAUGUUGCAACAGGUUUUGUAUUUUGACUAAAGCAUUGUUGUAUAUAAGUAUGAGGUGAAGUGGAAGUAGAGAGAAAAGUGGAAGGGGGUGUAUUAUUAUUGUUUUUUUUUAUUUUAUUUUAUUUUAUUU